UGUUUUUAGCCAGCUAUUGGCUUGUAUGGCGUGGGACUCGCAAGGUUUAAAAUAAUGGUUGCAAAUCCCACUUUUAGUCACGGAUCAUUUGCAAAUCCUUCUUGCAAGAUCUCUAGAAAAUUAGUUGCUCUACUAUACCAUCUUCCCAAUGGAGACUUCAAAUUUUUUUCCGAGCGUAGAGAUACCGAAUGAAGGUUGCCAAAAGACAUUAAAAAACUGCAAUGAACUGCUGCCAACUCUCCCUCAAAGCAAAGCAUGGUGGUUUGACCAGCUUUUCCAAUACCAAGGCUUCUGGAUACCUAGUUUUGGCAUAAGAGGAAGCAUGUUGAUCAAUGAUCACUUCAAGCCUCGACCCACUGACAUCAUAGUCGCAACAUUCCCUAAAUGUGGCACCACCUGGCUCAGAGCCCUUGUUUUCUCCAUUAUCAACAGAAAUUCCUUUGAUUUCAGCGACCAUCCUUUGCACAAAGCGAACCCUCAAGAGUUGGUCCUCUUCUUCGAAGGAUAUCUUCAUAGGUAUGGGUCAACUUCCUUCGUCGAUGGGCUUCCUUCACCUCGCCUUCUUUCAACUCACCUUCCUUACUCUUUGUUCCCAACACGCAUGACCGAUGAUACCUCGGUUUGCCGUUUCGUUUACAUCUGCCGGGACCCCAAAGAUGUUGUUGUCUCAAAGUGGCAUUUCGCCAACAAGUUGAGACCCAAGGAACUGCCACCACUAUCACUAGAGGAAGCCUUUGACUUGUUCUGCAAAGGGGUAUCGGAAUAUGGACCGUUUUGGGAUCACGUUUUGGGGUACUGGGAAGCUAGUGUGGAGUCACCGAAGAAAGUGUUGUUCUUGAAAUACGAAGAUGUGAAAAAGGAGCCUUUGGGGUGUGUGAGGAAACUGGCAGAGUUCUUGGGGGUACCCUUUACACCAGAGGAAGAAAACAACGAGACUGUGGCAGAAAUAGUGAAGUUGUGCAGUUUCGAGAGCUUGAGCAAUCAAAAUGUUAAUAAAAGUCAAACCAGCAGUGGCGAACGACCUAUUGGUAACUCUGAUUUCUUCAGAAAAGGAGAAGUAGGAGAUUGGGUUAACCAUUUGUCACCUGAAAUGGUUGAAAAAUUGAAUCAAAUUACAGAACAAAAGCUUCAAGGUACUGGAUUCAACUUUGAUUGACUACUACUACUUUAUGAUGUUAAAAUUUGUUCACCAUCUCAGUGAAUCUGGUUUAUAAAAUAAAAGAAGUCUUUGUUUUUAAUUAUGUGGUUUGAGUGACAAAUAAUGCUUUUGCUUGUUGGUUAUUUGGGUCUUUGAGUGGCAGAUUCAAAUUUUAUGAAACAUAUACUUAUAGUUGUAUUAUAUUUGUGAAUGUAUAUUUUCAAAAAAAAAAAAUAGUUUAAGUAUCAUGUGAUUUCUAUCUCAUGGAUAAAUGAAUCAUUAUGUUAACUA